AUGUACGCAAGAUCAUCUUCAAACUAUGACAUGAUGUCUAAAUCAGUCCCUUAAUAGACUUAAAUUCAAUAGCAGCAGAAUAUGCUUCAUGGAAUGAAAAACGUUCAGCUUUAGAAUCUGAUGAAAGCAUACCCAGGAACUAUCAGCCAGAUGAAAACUGAUUCUAUUGAUGAGUACAGAGUGCCACUCUAACUUAAAGUUGGCUUGAACAAUGACUUCCCUAUUACUAAGCCAAGUAUUAGAAUUAUGAGUAAGGUGUCUCACCCUGAAAUAGAUUCAAAUACCUUCUACUAUCAAGGUGCAAUUUUACAGAACUGGACAGAAAAUUCUUCACUAGCUCACCUAGUUCAAUCUAUCCACGAAUCUUUUAACUUGAACCCCCCUAUUCCAGCAAACAUGCAAGGAGUGAUCUAAAAGUCACAGUACUAACCAGAACAGAUUAAUAUUCAGAAGCCUUUAUUUAUCAACACUAAAAAUCAAGCCAAGGAGAUGUCUAGUGUUGAGUAGGAGAAUCUACUUGCUAGCAAAGACAGCCUUCUAAAUUUUAUGCUUAUUGAUCCUGAAACUGAACCUAUUAAAACUGAGUUAGAUAAACAUAUGAAAGAGAAAGGUGAAUUACAAGAAUUAGCUUAGCAAUACGAGACUAAAUACGUUUAGUUCUUAUCCUUGAAAUAAUAAAACGAUCAGCUAUCGUAUUAAGAGCAAAACAUUAUGAAUAAAAUGAGUAAAUAAAAGGUAAUCAGUGUUAUUGACAAGAAAAUCUCAAAUGCAGAUAAUGAGAGUAAAUAGAUGGAAAAGCAGUUCUAUAAGGGUUCUAUAGAUCAAAGAAACUUCAUAGAUGGAUUUUUGGCAAAGAGAAAGGACUUCCAUAGAUACCAAAUUCUCAAAGUUAAAGUCAAUUAGGCAUGA